UCUCGUGGUUCCCAGUGCCUGCUGAAGUGAGCCGGCCGGGCACCGGAUGUGAGAUUCAAGUGUCCCCAAUAUCUCCCCGCUCCGCUCUGCAGGUCACCCUCUCCCACGGUGCUCGGCGGCCCCGGGGUAUCUGUCCGCGGGUGGGAGGGCGCCAUGGAGGCGCCGCCGCCCGCGCCCCGCAGUCUGCUUUGCCGGGCCUGGGGUCCUCUGCCCCGAGUCUUUGCUGCCGGUGCUGUGGCUGAGGAUUCCCAAGGCUUUGUGGAGGAUCGGGAGCUGCAGUCCUAUGUCUCGGAACCCGGUUCCCCGGAAUCCGGAUGGGACCGCCUCCGGCAGCUGUUUGACAAAGAUGAACAGCAGAGAAUUCCAAAGGAUGUUGAAUAUAUCUGCAAGGCAGCUAUUUCAGCAGGCAUCAUUGGCUGGGCAUAUGGAGGAAUACCUGCUUUUAUUUAUGCUAAAAAACGCUACAUUGAGCAGAGUCAAGGGGAGAUUUAUCAUAACCGCUUUGAUGCUGUGCAAAAUGCUCACCGAGCUGCCACGAGGGGCUUCAUUCGGUACGGCUGGCGUUGGAGCUGGAGAACUGCAGUGUUCGUGACUAUGUUCAACACAGUGAACACUGGACUAACUGUGUAUCGAAAUAAAAAUUCCUUGAGCCAUUUUGUCAUUGCUGGAGGUGUCACAGGAGGUCUUUUCAGAGUAAACUUAGGUCUGCGAGGCCUGGUGGCUGGUGGUAUAAUUGGAGCUUUGUUGGGCGCGCCUAUGGGAGGCCUGCUGAUGGCGCUUCAGAAGUACUGUGAUGAGACCGUUCAGGAGAGGAGACAGAAGGACCGACAGGCUUCCCGUGAGCAGAAACUGGAAGAGUGGAAAAGAAAACUGCAAGUCACCGAGCUCUUCCCUGAGGAGAUAGAAAGUGGCUUAGAGAAGGUUCGGCCUGAGGAAGAUGUUCAGAGAAUCGAGGAGCUGCGAAACCUUCCUAGGAACCCUUCUUCGCCAGAUAAACAAAACCAGGACUGAGGAGGAGGGGUCUGUGUACAGUCUCGGAAUGCCAAGGCCAGGCUACUCCUUGUCAGCCUGACAGAUGCCAAUGCUGGCCCCUGUAGCAGCAGUGACCUGCUGCCACUUGCCUUUUCUCUCUUUACAUCAAGAAUUAAGUAAGCAGUCAAAGCUGGCUGCUACACACUGUAAUCCCAACUGUUGGGAGGCUGAGAAAGGAAGAUGGUGUGAGGCCAGCUUGAGCUAUGUAAUGAGACCCUGCUUCGAAAAUCUGCACCCACAAAAACACAACAGAACCAAAAAGCAACCCAAAGAAUCGGGUUACAUUUUCUUAUCUAUACUGAUCGUUCAUCCAUCUGAAUACUUGUAUUUCUCUAUCUUGCUAGAUUUUAUACAAGUAAAAUACUUCCCAAAAGACUAAAAUUGGGUCCUCUGGAUUGCCUGUUCACUCUCCAGUCUUUUAGGAAAAGGGACUAAGUAAAGGAAAUGGCUUGUGAAAUCAUCUUCUUUUGGGCCCUUCCAACCGUGUGGGCCUCAGUGCACUUGGUUUCGGUUUAUUAAGAAUAAAAGGUGGGGGUUGGGGAUUUAGCUCAGAGGUAGAGUACUUGCUAGCGCAAGGCCCUCAGCUCUAAAAAAAAAGAAUAAAAGGCGAUUCCUGUGCCCUUUGAAUGUGAUUUAGCACAAUGGAAGCAGAUGGGUAUUGUUAUGACGAAGUCCAGCCUCGUUUCCUCUCCCACAUUACAGAGAGAGCAUCUGUGCUGUAGUGUACAGGAGAGGCUCAGCUCCCUACACCAGGACCUGGCUCCCCGAGAGAAGCCGUCCUGCAGAUUUUAGCUCCGGGCCGUGGGGAGGGGAUAGGCUGAACUACGCGGGCAGCACUUCUCUGGUCUUUGGUUUUGCUCUCGUCAGUUUUAGUUUCGUACUGUUAACUGUGGUCUGAAAAUAUUAAUUGGAAAAUGCCAGGACUAAGCGGCUCCUAAGUGUGAAGUUUUGUGCCUUUCUAGGUUGGAUGAUGAGCUCUCUCUCACCUACGCCUCCCGAGACAACAUACUCCUUUGUCUUGCCUUCGUUCCCCACUCUCUCUCUCCAUCUGCACUUAGUCUUGGUUAUCAGAUCGAGUGUGUGGAGCGACAGUGUUUGUGUUAAAAGAAUGGCAUUUAAUAAAGGCUCCAAAGUGCA